AUGAUUGCCUCCAGAUUGUCCAGAGCUCUUCCACGCUCGUCUCCCAUCUCCCGCAUUUCUCAGAUUCGAGCGCCUCGCUCGUCGAUACUUUCCAGAUAUGCCUCUACCGAUGCGUCCGAGGGUUCUGAAAAGGUCAAGGGCAGUGUCAUCGGCAUUGACCUGGGAACAACAAACUCCGCUGUGGCCGUGAUGGAAGGAAAACAACCUCGUAUAAUAGAAAACGCCGAAGGUGCACGAACGACACCGUCAGUCGUUGCCUUCACCGAGAGCGGCGAGCGUCUGGUCGGUAUUGCCGCCAAACGACAAGCUGUCGUCAACCCCGAAAACACCCUUUUCGCAACGAAGCGACUCAUCGGCCGGAAAUUUUCAGACCCCGAAUGCCAACGGGAUAUUAAAGAGGUCCCUUACAAGAUCGUUCAGCACUCGAACGGCGAUGCCUGGCUGGAGGCUCGUGGGGAGCGAUUCUCCCCCUCGCAGAUUGGUGGCAUGGUUUUGGCCAAGAUGAAGGAGACUGCCGAAGCAUAUCUCGGCAAGCCCGUCAAGAACGGUGUGGUUACUGUGCCCGCUUAUUUCAAUGACAUGCAGCGACAGGCCACCAAGGACGCUGGACAGAUCGCCGGCCUGAACGUCCUCCGUGUUGUCAACGAACCUACCGCAGCUGCCCUCGCCUACGGCCUCGAAAAGGAGGAUGAUCGCAUCAUUGCGGUUUACGAUCUUGGUGGUGGUACUUUCGAUAUCUCUGUUCUUGAGAUUCAGAAGGGUGUCUUUGAGGUCAAAUCUACCAAUGGUGAUACUCACUUGGGUGGCGAAGAUUUUGACAUUUCGCUCGUUCGCCACCUCGUCCAGCAAUUCAAGAAGGAGUCUGGCCUUGAUCUGUCCAAUGACCGCAUGGCAAUUCAACGUAUUCGAGAGGCUGCCGAGAAGGCCAAGAUCGAAUUGUCUUCGUCGUUGCAAACCGACAUCAACCUGCCUUUCAUCACCGCCGACGCUUCGGGUCCCAAGCACAUCAACCAAAAAAUGACCCGAGCACAACUUGAGAAGUUGGUUGAGCCGCUUAUCUCAAGGACCAUCGAGCCUGUUCGUAAGGCUUUGAAGGAUGCCAACCUCCAGGCUAAGGAUAUCCAGGAAGUUAUCCUGGUUGGUGGUAUGACCCGUAUGCCCAAGGUUAUGGAAUCGGUCAAGAGCAUCUUUGGUCGUGACCCAGCCAAGGCGGUCAACCCUGAUGAGGCCGUUGCUAUCGGGGCCGCCAUCCAGGGAGCUGUCCUCGCUGGUGAGGUUACGGACGUGCUGUUGCUUGAUGUUACACCUCUGUCUCUCGGUAUCGAGACCCUUGGUGGCGUCUUUACCCGACUGAUCAACCGAAACACCACCAUUCCCACCAAGAAAUCCCAGGUCUUCUCUACCGCCGCCGACUUCCAGACCGCUGUGGAAAUCAAGGUUUACCAGGGUGAGCGUGAGCUUGUCCGUGACAACAAGCUGCUGGGCAACUUCCAGCUGGUCGGCAUUCCUCCUGCCCACCGUGGUGUUCCUCAAAUCGAGGUCACCUUUGACAUUGAUGCGGAUUCCAUCGUGCACGUGAGCGCCAAGGACAAGUCGACCAACAAGGAUCAAUCCAUCACCAUUGCCUCCGGCUCAGGUCUCUCUGACCAAGAGAUCGAGAACAUGGUUAAUGACGCAGAAAAGUACUCGACUGAAGACAAGGAGCGCAAGGCCGCCAUCGAAGCCGCCAACCGGGCUGACAGCGUCCUGAACGACACGGAGAAGGCACUCAACGAGUUUGAAGACAAGCUCGACAAGACGGAGGCCGAUGCCAUCAAGGAGAAGAUUGCUACGCUCCGCGAGUAUGUGGCCAAGAACCAAGCGGGUGAGGGCAACGCCACCGCGGAAGAACUGAAGGCCAAGAUUGACGAGCUGCAAACCACGGCCCUCACCUUGUUCGACAAGAUGCACAAGGCUCGCGAGCAGUCCCAGACGCCACCCAGCGGGGAGGCCGGCUCGCAAGGUGGCGAGCAGAAGCCAUAA